CCAGAGACUAGAGAAAACCAGAAGGAUCUUUGCUGGGUGUGAACAGAUUUGGGAGCUUGAUUUCUGAUCUCUCUGUUAUAAUGGAUACACCAGAUACCCUCCUGUUUGCUGUGAAGGAUUAUGUUGCCAGAGCUGGAUUACCUCCUAAAGAUCGCUUGGAUAGCUUUGGGGCCAGAUCAAACAUUGUAGGGAAGCUGAAUAAUGUCAGUAAGUUUGCCUUUAACCCAGAAGGGGUGCUGUUUGCUGUGCGUGGUACAGAACUCUUCACGGGAGCUAUGCCUUCAAAUCCAAACGUGGACUGGUUCUCUACUGCCAAGAGAGUUGGCAAAUCUGACUGGGAUAGGUUUAAAUUUGUCUUCUUUGAUCCAAAUGGUCUUCUGUAUGCAGCUACCAAGAAUGGGGAGUUCUACAAGGGUCCAGCACCAAGCAAUGAAAAUGUGUCCUGGCUUUAUGGCCAAGCCACCAAAAUAGGAACCGACGGAUGGAAUGACUUUUACGCCCUUUUCUUUGACCCUAAAGGCAUCUUGUAUGCAGUGACAAAGGAUGACAAGCUUGUGAUGAGAAGCCCCCCAACCAAAGCAAAUGAUGAAUGGCUUCGCUCCAGCACAACCAUUGGAAAUGGAGGCUGGUGCAUCCUGACCCACUUCAUGGCUUUCUCCCCAGAGUUUGACUUGUGGUGUGUGGAUUCAAAGAAUGGCAACAUCUAUAAAGGUCGAGCCCCGACCGUUGAUAAUACCAGCUAUCUGAAUGCACAGAAUCUGGGCUGGGAUUACAAUCAAUACCCCCUCCUCUCCUUCACAAUUGAUAAAACCAUCCAAAGCAUUGUGAGCCUUGAAUUCCUUCCAGAUUCAGGAAAAGUCCUAUCCCAAGGCACAGAGGUGGUGCAGAGCCAGAUCUAUGUGAACAAGAGCAGCACUCCAUUAAAGCACACUUUCUCGUUCUCAAAGACCAUGAAAGAGAGCAGCACCUUCAGCCAGGAACAUGGAUUCACAGUCUCUGUUGGUGCAGAGAUGAGCUUUAAAGCUGGAGUCCCAUUCAUAGGGGAAACAGGGUUUAAGAUUUCCAUCAACAUGAGCACAACUCAUACCUGGAACUUCUCCAAGACCAAUGAAACCCAGACUACCUUCUCCUCCAGCACAGAUGUGGAGGUACAAGGUGGACAUUCAAUACGUAUGGUGGCAUCUGUGACCAAGGGAGAAAUGGAUGUGCCUUACCGUGCCAAGAUCCGCACCUUGUUUGGUUAUGAGACCACCAUCCAGGGAACAUGGAAAGGGGUCACUCACUAUAAUCUGAUGGUCACCCAGGAAGACUACAAACCAUGAGAUGGAUAUGACUUCAAAUCCAGCCAUGGAAUCCUCCUGCAUGGAACCUGAUAAGGGCAUGAUGGCAACAGUUCUGUUCACAGUCUAAUGUAAAUGGCUUUGAAUGUUUAGCUGAAAUGUCAUGUUUUGGUUAAUAAAAUG